AUGUCUGAUAUUAAUAUUUAAUAAGUUAGAAUACCCUUUUCUUAUGAAAUAAUUAGAGAAAGUUCUAUCAAAUAAAAUGAAUACAGUAGUGCAAUAGCAAUAAGUAAAGAUAAUUUACUGGUUUUGGCGACUUCUGACAAGGCUAUAAAAGUUUAUUAAUUUAGAUUGGGAAAGCUUAAGCAGUUUCAACAUUUAAAUAUGUUUAGAAAAGAUGCCACAGCUAUUAGUUUAUUUGAAAAAUCAUCCUUGUUUAUCACUGGCUCUAUAGACUCAACCAUUCGCAUCUCUUCAACUACUUUAUUCUCUUCAGCUAAAUAUAUUUAAUAAUUAUAUGGGCAUACUAGUUGGAUUUCAAAUUUAAUUAUUCAUCCUAUUGAUUAAGAUGUUCUAUUCUCAAGUUCUAAUGAUAGUCAAAUAAGAGUAUGGCAAAAAAUGUAGAGUUGGUGUUGUUGUUAAUUAAUAAAAGAGCAUAAAAAUGAUGUGAAAGGAUUAUCUAUAAGCAAAAAAGGCAAUCAAUUGUUAUCUUGCUCGGAGGACUUGCAAAUCUUGAUUAUGGAACCAGUAAGCAGUAAAAAUUAUUUGCUUUGGCAGAUAGUCUAGAAAAUAAAUGUCGAUUAUUAAGGUUAUCGUAUAUGUUCUAUUGAUGAUAGUAUAUUCACAUUUUAAUAGGAUUCAUAAAAUUAAAUGCAAAUUUACUCAAAAGAUGAAAAUGGAUUGUAUCGUAAAACUGGAUGCCUUGAUGUUGCAGGUGGUGGAUAAUCAUGCGAUUUUUUAUUUCCAUCUAUUUAUCAUUCUAGCAAAUAGCUUUUGAUCGUUAAAAAUGGAUAUGUGAUAAAUAUAAUACGAUUCUGUAAAGAAAUUCCAGUAAAUAACCAAAAUACAUCUUAAUUUCUUUUAGAAUAAGUCAUAGACUUUGGAAGUAAUUCUUAUGGACAUAUUUGGGGAACACUGAGUUAAGAUCAAGAAUACUUGAUAACUUGGGAUUGUGAUUCACAGGAAAUAUAAAUAAGGAAAUUUUAAGAGUAGUGA